UCGUCAGGUGGCAGCCAUGGCGGGUCAAGAGGAUCCGGUGCAGUGGGAGAUUCACCAGGACUGGGCGAACUGGGAAUACAUAGGAGUCAUCACCAGCAGCAUCAAGAAAAUCGCAGACUUUCUCAACUCGUUUGAUAUGUCUUGUUGUUCGAGACUUGCAACACUAAACGAGAAAUUGACAGCCCUCGAACAGAGAAUAGAGUACAUUGAAGCCCAGGUGACAAAAGGCAAGACCCUCACCUGGAACUACACCAUGCUGCUGCUGGGAAGCUGCUUUACGGAAUACAGGCCAACGUGGGAAAGGCCCCAGCAGCCUCAGCUCCUUCCUCUCUCCCUAAAGAGCAACAGGCCUUAUCCUUGUUUUUCUUUUUUCAAAAGCGUGGCCUUUGGGCUCUGCCGUGUACAUCGGUGUGUGAUGUGGCAUGUGGGAAGACGUCCAGGGGAGCUCUUGGAACCAACGUUAGGCAUUUUAUCUUUUUAAGUAACAUUUUGUAGAACUGUUCGUCAGUGUAUUUGAGGUGCUCCGAGCCAAACACCUGGGACUCUUUGUCACGGUCCUCCCCACCUCUCUUUCUCUCUCUCUCUCUGACUUUCCUUACAGCUCUCAUUGCCUCUGCAUUGAUUCUAUAAACAGUCUUUGUCUCCUUUCCACCUUUGGUGGGGGAUGCAAGGCAUUCCUGGCUGAGACACUUACGCCCUGGCAAGGUGGCCACCAGAGAAUGUUGUUCCUAACCCACCAGUUUCUUGUCCUUUUGGGGAGGUCAAGGCCAGGCCCCCACCUGGCUUGA